AUGGCCAACGAAAAGGUCAAGGAAGCAGUCAAGACUGAGAACAAGGAUCAUAUUAAUGUGAAGGUGGAAGGUCAGGAUGGUUCUGUUAUGCAGUUUAAGAUUAAGAGUCAUACAGCACUUUGUAUACUAAUGAAAGCCUAUUGUAAAUGACAGGGUUUGUCAAUGAGGCAGAUCAGACUCCGAUUUGAUGGGCAGCCAAUCAAUGAAACAGAUACACCUGCACAGUUGGAAAUGGAGGAUGAAAAUACAAUUGAUGUGUUCCAGCCACAGACAGGAAGUGUCUACUAAAAAGGGAACCUGCUACUUUACUUCAGAACUCUGUUCCAACAGACCAAGAAGACAUUUGCUAUUAGAAAACUACAAUUUGGUUCCUCCACAUCCUGACUACUACAAUAUAGUUUUCUCUAUUCUUUAUUUUCCCCUUCCCCAUUCCUUUAUUGUACACAAAGUAACUGUGUAUGUGCACAAGCAUAUUGCAUUUUUUAAAA